GGAGUUGGUGAAACCAACGCAGUCUCACUGGCGUCGUUGCGAGACUCACGCAGGUGCGAGUUCGGUGGCGGCGGACGCAGACGUAGUGGACCGAAUUGCGCUUGGACAAAAGCCGUGUCGUUUGCGCCGUCAACUCUAUUCGAUUACAGUUUCACCGAGUGAUUUCGUCGUCCAUCAUCUUCCUUCUGCAUCACCUAGACGUCCGUGUGUGUCAUCGACAGCAUACUGGACAUAGCCAAUUGAACCGCCUAGAUGGUGGUGAAAAUGACGAGCAGUAACGGCGGAAGCCUGGCCGUCAUGGCCGGCUCGGAGGCCGGAAAUGGUAGCAGUAGUGUCGCCGAUGUUGACGGAACAGACGCCGCCGUCGAGGCUUGUUCUGGUGGACGCAUUGAAGACGAUAUUGCCGAUCAUUCUGACGACGAGCAAGGUGCCGAUGCCGCUUCAGAUGAUUCAGAUUCCAUGGAUUUCGACGACGAUGACGACGAUGACGGAUCAGAUCUCAUGUCCAAUACGACGCUCGGCGAUGACAUAACCGCCCAGCUCGCAGCCGCUGGUCCUGUUGGUAUGGCAGCGGCUGCAGCCAUAAACUCGUCCAAAAAGAGGAAGCGACCCCACUCGUUUGAAACGAAUCCAUCCAUACGUCGGAGGCAACAGACGAGGCUUUUACGUAAACUCCGCCAGACGAUUGACGAAUAUGCAACUCGAGUCGGACAACAAGCCAUCGUCUUGAUCGCUACACCGGGCAAACCGCAGAACAAUUUUCGCGUCUUUGGCGCCAAACCUUUAGAAGAUGUUGUUAAAAAUGUGAAAUCCACCGUUCUUCAGGAUCUGGAAACGGCUUUGGCGCAUCACGCUCCACCACCAGCUCUAGACGAUCCGUCUCUCUAUGAAUUACCUCCGCUAGUCAUCGACGGAAUCCCUACACCAGUCGAAAAAAUGACGCAAGCCCAAUUGCGAGCGUUUAUUCCGCUGAUGCUCAAGUUUUCCACCGGUCGAGGAAAACCUGGAUGGGGCAAAGAAUCCACUCGACCACCUUGGUGGCCAGGAGAAGUACCUUGGGCCAAUGUUCGAAUGGAUGCUCGCCCCGAAGACGAUAAGCAAAGAGUGUCGUGGACGCACGCGUUGCGGCAAAUUGUCAUCAAUUGCUACAAGUACCACGGACGGGAAGACCUGCUGCCCGCCUUCUCUGAAGAUGCAACGGAGGAAACUAGUCGCCCUGCAAAAGUGAUAAAAACCGAAUCGGAAGCUGAACAACAAGCCGAACGGAGUGCUGAUGUUGUUGCUCAACCACAACAGCAGCAAGAGCAACAGCAACAUCAGCAACAACAUCCACCAGCUCCACCACCAUCGUCUCAGCCAGCUCAACAUCAGCAGCAGCAGCAGCAACAACAACAACAACAACAACAACAGCAACAACAGCAGCAGCAGCAAUCUGUGCAGCAGUUGGUGCAGACGAAUUCGGCACCCAGUGCCCAGUACGCACCGACUGUCGUUCAAACGAUCAGCAAUCCUGACGGGACAGUGUCCAUCAUACAGGUCGAUCCUCAUUCAUUCACUAAUUCAUUCUUCCAGGUGGAUCCCAACAAUCCGAUCAUCACGCUACCGGACGGAACAACGGCCCAAGUGGUUGCCACCCAGGGAGUGUCCACCGUUAACCAGUGCGACGACGACGAUGGUGCCAACCACGAUCAGCAGCAACAGCAUCAGAAUGACCGCAACCAUCACCUCAUGAACUCGAAACCGAUGAUUUGGCAGUUCGUCCCCACUUCGCAGAUCACGGGUGUCACGUCUUCAGAUGGCGUGACGACGCUCACCAAUUCCGCCGACGGCACGACAGUCACCACUGUCGACUUGUCGGCCGUGACCGAAUCCACCAUCGGCCAAGAAGGCCAGCACCACAUCCUUCUCACGGGUGAAGAUGGCCAAACGUAUCCGGUCAGUGUCUCAGGAAUGAUCACCGUUCCCGCCAUGUAUCAGGCUAUGGUUGCCAACAUCGCACAGAUGGGUCAAUCAGAUGCUUCUGUUCAGGGGCGCCGUGAGCCGCCACGUCUUUUGGUAAAACACGACGAUUCCUGAACAGCUUUGAUCGCCCGGGAGCAUUUGUCGUUUUGUUUCAUCUAAUGAAACAAAAUCAAACAAAACCCAAACAAAAAUAGUAAUAAUAUUCUAAACGAAGGACACACCGAAAAUUGGUUGAAUGCGUACGAUUUCCCAAUGUGAAUUUGAUUCAAUAUUUGUCUCACAUUUUUCAUUUUUUUUUUUUUUUUUUUCCUUUUUUGCACGUGUGUUCAAACUGGUCUGUUUGUAUCGUAUAUUUAUGUGUUUUUUUGUUUUUGUUUUUGUGUUUUGUUGUCUGUUUAUUUAAUUUGUGUUAAUUGGGCUUCGACGCCCUGUGGUAAAUCAGUCACAGCUUGGCGACCACAACGACCAAGGUUAUACUAGUCUAGUCACAUCAACGCGGGGAAACAGUCAAGCAAGUCACAGCAAAGCUAAUGCAAUCUUUCGCGAACAAGCCGAUUCGCCGUAGGCCAUAACUUAUUUAUCCAUAAACGAAGAAGAAGAAAGAAACAAAAAAAAACAAAACAUGCAAUAUUUGAAAUGAUUGUAGAACAUGCAAUUGUAAGUCUCCUGUCCGUGUGAGUGGUAAAGCGUUUUUUUUUUUUGGUUUUGUUUCUUUGUUACAACGAUUUGCAGUCGUUAAGUCAUGAAAGUGUGACUUAAAAAAGGAGAGCUUUACAUCCGUGUUUCUAACCCCCCCUGAAAAGAAUAGCUUUCCUAAAGGCUAGUUCUUCACUUAUGGAGGUCUACGUACGCAGCCUACGUCGCGUUGUCUUAAAAUACUUCAUAAUAAAAAGUGUAAACAUUCGAUCGUCAGUGUUCUGUAUAGUAAUUAUGGAUCGUAAUAGUGGCCAUAGAGUACUUGUUCCUUUCAACGUUACCCUUUGAAUUGUCUCCUUGUUCAGAAAACAUUUGAAGACAAUGACCGUAUUUAUUAUUUAUGUGAUGCUAAUGGCACUCCCCCCUCGGCGUCAGUCCUAUAAUUCGAAGGUUUAAUUUAAUUCUGGGUUCAUUUCCUCCCUUGUUUGUUUUGUUUUCUUUUGUUUUUUUCUAUUCUUAUUUUGGAAUGUUUGUUGGAUUUUUGUUUUUUUUGUUUUUUUCCUCGAGAAUUCGAUAUCUUUUCCUUUUGUGCUGCCCCUUUGUUACAUCGUUGCAAAUACAUCUUGGUGUAUUUUUGUUCUCGAA